AUGGAGUAUAAAGCCAGCACCACAGAAGCUAAGUUUCCUGAGACUCAAACAAUGGCUGCAGCAGCUCCAAUUGCAAUAGGCACGCGAGGCACCGUGGGAUCUCUUGUCAGGAGGGAGAUUGAGUACUUUGGUAAGCUAGAGCUAGACCGACGUGUAAGCUCAGUGAAGCCUCAAGGGAAAAUGGGGGAGAUGAGUUCCAAGAAUUGUAAUUCUAGCAGGCCUAGUUUCUGGUUCUUGAGGAUGACAUGGAAAUGGAAGAGGCAAAGAUCUGGCAGCAGGGGGUUCUUAUCAAGCAUGUGUUCUGCAGCUGAAGUUGUAGAAAACAAUAGGUUAAAUGGCAUUCCUGGGUUCAAUUACAGGACCCUCAAGGAUGAUAUGAACAACUUGCGCAUUUAG